AGAAGUGAUCUGCAUCGAAAGUCUGACGAAAGUGCGGGCUUCGACUUGUUCCCGAGACCAGUUUUCUGUAGUUGUCAUCGUGAAUAAAGAACAGCCUUUCAUUACAGUGGUGGAUGCAUCGUUCUUGAUGAGAGAAGGUGACAAAAUCUGUCUUUCUGCAUGGCGAUUCGGUGUCAACAAAUCGAUGUCGAUCUACCUCGGCUUGUUCAUCUCGAGAAACUAGUUGAGAGAAAAAGACUCCUUCCACCCGAUCCCGUUGCCUAUUCGUCCCACAUAAACCUCUCACUCUGCUGCACCCCCUAGUACUUGGUACACAAAGAAAAAAAAAUGAAUUGCUCUAUAAACCUGAAUCCUCGUAAGUAAUUUUUUUUUGAAUAAGAAAAUGGAAUUCAACAAGCAAUACCAAUCUCAAUCAGGUGUAGCUGUUAGCAAACUUACUUGAGAAUACAGUAGAAGUAGAACUUCACUUACAGUAAACACACAGAAACUAAAACAAAUCAUGGCUGCGGCUCCGGGUUCCGGGGUAGUCUUUUCGGAGACUUACCUUGAUGAGGUGGCCGAAAAGAGCAGAAAUGCUCUGCUAAUGAGAGACGCCGUAGGAAAGGCUAAGGCUUCUAUCUACGACAUCCCAUCAGGCAUCGCCUUCGGUUUGGCACCAGAAGCGGACAAAGAAGGAGCCAAGGAGAUAGUCAAUGUGUGGAAAGCGCAUGUACGUUUAUGAUCUUUUUCAUUGUCAGAUGCAUUCAGUUUCUUUCUUUUAAUUAAGAUAGUUUCAUGAAUUCUAAGGCCAAUGAGAUUGUCAGUGAGCAGAAGGACGACGAGAAUAGUGGAGAGAUUCCUAGUGAGGUCCAAGAAAGUUGAAAGGCCUUCCCCCUGACAGUCAGUUCAGGAACAGAGGCGACAUGACAUGACGUGCCGGACCUCAAGACCACGACCACAAAACAAUCAACAGCAAGCUUCCGCCCAAGAGAAGGAGAACAGGGUAAACUACCUAAAAUGGAACAAGUUUGUCGCGUCGCAGAAAGCAAUCAAGCAUCCAAGCGUUGGAAAACUCAAAAAAGAGAUAGGAGAAGAUGUGGAUGAUGGUAUUCCUGACAUGAAAUUUUACUGAUUGCCGUCGUCAAAAUUGAUUUUGAUGCUGCAUCCACCAAGAGCAAACGCGAAGUUACCUCAAUAUGAAGAUACUUUUCCAUUUUAGAUAUUUGUCUUUCAACAACAACAACAACAACAACAUCAGCACCACAGUGACCCAAUCACACCACAGCCGCCACCCACCCUUCCAAACUUUAGAGUCUAAACUCGACACUCAUAUUUUCAGCCGCCACCCUUUCCGACCUCGACCUCGCAAGAGACGAUCUCGCACGACGUGAAAUGAAGAUAAUUAAAUGGAAAAAAGAUAGGAGGAACGUCGUCGCCAUGCCAACAGCGGACAAGGAAGCUGUUUACCACAACUACGCGAAGAAGGAUAAAACCUACUUGACAAAGAUGGAAAUCGCGGUUAGCAAAGGUAGUAUCACUAUACUAGAACGUAGCUGUGCUUGUAGUUGUAGUCAUCUUCAGUAAAAAUUUGAAGCAGAUUCUAGUUCCUCUUCAGUAAUAUUAAUUUCAGAGUAGAUUCUAGUUCUAGUACUAGUCCUGGAAGUGGCAACCUCUGACUUCUACUACAACACGCAAUUGAGAGAUCAUGAUCACGACUAAUACAUAGAAUUUCCUCCCCAAAUAAACUACUACGCAAACGCAGCAUCAGCAGCAGCAUACAGGAGUAAAAGUCUCAGUGCCGCAAAUACCAACGUCACUCACGGAAGACGGAAGGUCGAGAGGCCACCAACGCCAAUGGAUAUGGUAAUUUUUACCUCCAUGAUGGUGAUGAAAAAUUCAGGUGGAACUACCAUGUGAAGCAUCUUCAGCUAUUGUAGAUAUUUCUUGAUCCAUCCAAUUGUUCCAAAAGAAAUUGUUCCCUUUUCCCACGUCUUCUACAACGCCCUCUUCAGGUGAUCGGUAUGGAAUUCGCAAAGAUUGGCGCAAAAGAAUCGAGAGAACGCUAUGAGCACUACAAACAGCUCAAGAAAAACGAGGCGUCAGUGAAGCAAUCUGGACCGACGAAGUACUUCUUAUACUCCUUCGUAAUAAAGUGACAACUCCAAUACAGUUCCUUCCCAUUCGAAAGUGACAUACUCCAAUAAACAUCAAUCGCAAUCUACUCUACUAGGGCUUCCCUCGGUCACGCGACCGGUGCUUUGCAUGCUAAGCGAUCUGGAGAAAGCGCUACCAAAGCUGAGUGGCGCUUGUCCCGGUUCAUGAAGGUGAAACCGACCAUGAACAUGAGAGAGUACCUAGCGGCAGGCCCCCGCCCGGGCAUGACGAAGAGUGCCAGCUCCAAGGACUACAUCUAGAACAAGUUCUACAUCUAGGAAAGGGUUAGAGACGAGGAGAACUAGUGAGCGUCAUCAACAUGAUGAUCAUCUUUUGGGAGGACAAGAAGAGUACUCGGCAUCUGCAUGUUGGUGGAGUCGUAAAUUCCAUGAUGGUACGACGACAACUACCUACAACUGGGCAGAAAUGGGUCGCCGACGAUGACGAAUGCAGAUAACAUCAACUUCUAGAACUUCCGAAAGGUGUGUUGACGAGUGACUGUCUCUACCUGAGGUACACGGACACGUGUUAUGUACUCUCGAUGCAAGAAGUUACUGUGUGUAGUUCUUCUUGAGGUAAUAGUCUGUAUCUGAAUCUGUUGUUACUCCAAGACCUGAAAAUCACACAAAAAUGAACUGAUAUGACCUGCAUGAUUACCAAAAAGACUAUUCGACUAUGUGAACAAACCUUCAUCUACUAGCAAAAUGUCAGCAAGCAAUUUACUUAAUAUUCAUGUUAUCGUGCAUAAGAAUGAACAAAUGAUAGAAUAGCGCGGAACUUGAACACGUACAAUGAGGUUCUCCUUCUAAUUUCAUCGAUAUUGACAAAUGAACAUUGAAAUAAUACAACAAGCAAUUACAGGUAUUAAUUACUGAAUGAUCAUCAUCUACUGAACGUGCAGUAUCUACGGCAUCAGAUCAGGUACAUGCGAACCAUGAACUCUUGAAUAGACAUUAUGAUUAUCUCACAAGGUAUACACCGGAUAGUACUAGGCUCAAAAAUGUAUGACUAUUGGAAUUAUCAUCUUAAAUGCUUCUUGUUCUUGAAUAAUAUGAAAAACGUUAUCACUUGGAUCUCCUGGGAACAACUCAAUAUGAUCUUGCUCAUCUAAAUAGCUCGAUCUCUUUGUUGCUCACUUGAUACAUUAUUCAGUAUGAACUAAUGGGUCAGGUUCAGUUCCGACUGAUUUCGAAAGUUGAUAUGACGUAAAUAGUUGCACAAAAACUAGAGCUCUAGAAAUGCAUGAAAAAUCCAGGCAG